AUGGCCGGUGGCAGCAAGAGCAGCAGCACCCAGAAACCACCCCGCAACAACAAGGAAGUCGAGACCCUCGCCGUACCAAUUUCAACCCUCUCACUAGCAGCAGUACAAAAUGCCGCCGACAGCAACGACAGCAAUAACCUCGUUCCGAUUGUGUCUUCCUACAACGACCGCAUCCGCCCGCUGCUCGACGCCGUCGACAAGCUCCGCCACCUCAACGUCGCCGCCAAGGAAGGCAUCCAGCUCCCGACCAUCGUCGUCGUCGGCGACCAGUCCUCCGGCAAGUCCAGCGUCCUCGAAUCCCUCGCCGGGAUCAGCCUCCCCCGCGGGCAGGGGAUCUGCACCAGAGUCCCCCUCAUUAUGCGGCUCCACCACCACUCCGCGCCCGCGCCGGAGCUCUAUCUCGAGUACUCCUCCAAUGGGUCGCUGAAAAAAGUCAGCACCGACGAAACCCAUGUCGCCGCUGCCAUCAAUUCCGCCACGGAGGAGAUCGCCGGGGGCGGGAAAGGGAUAUCCAACAAUCCCCUGACUCUGGUGGUCAGAAAGAAUGGAGUUCCCGAUUUGACAAUGGUGGAUCUCCCCGGGAUCACUCGUGUCCCCGUCCACGGCCAGCCGGAGGACAUCUACGAGCAGGUGACCGAAACCAUCAUGGAGUAUAUCAAGCCUGAAGAGAGCAUCAUCCUGAAUGUCCUUUCAGCGACCGUCGAUUUCUCGACCUGCGAGUCCAUCCGGAUGUCACAGAGAGUGGAUAAAACAGGGGACAGGACUCUGGCGGUUGUGACCAAGGUCGAUAAGUCGCCGGAAGGCUUGCUGGAGAAGGUUGCCGCUGACGAUGUGGGAAUCGGGCUUGGAUAUGUAUGCGUCAGGAAUCGGAUUGGAGAAGAGAGUUAUCAGGAUGCCAGAGUUGCAGAGGCGCAGUUGUUUAGCAGCCAUCCCCUGCUUUCCAGGAUAGACAAAUCCAUCGUUGGGGUUCCUGUUUUGGCUCAGAAACUUGUUCAGAUUCAGGCCGCAAUCAUCUCCAGGUGCUUGCCGGAGAUAGUGAAGAAGAUUAACGAAAAAUUGAGUUCCAACAUUGCCGAUCUGAACAAGAUGCCCAAAAGAAUGAAUUCCGUUGGAGAAGCUGUUACAGCAUUCAUGGUAAUCCUGGGCUCGGCAAAGGAAUCCCUAAGGAAACUGAUCGUCAGGGGAGAGUUCGACGAGUACCCUGACGACAAUCAAAUGCACUGCACCGCCAGAUUGUUCGAAAUGCUCGAAAAAUUCGCCUCGCAACUCAACUCGGCUCCAGAGAGCGACCAUUUCAGCAACUUCCUGGCCGACGAGAUCCGCAUCCUGGAGGAGUACAAAGGAAUCUGGCUUCCUGACUUCCUCUCGCAAUCCGCUUUCCUGACCCGGCUGAGCUCCAAGGUGAAGGGCAUCUCAGGAAUUCCCGUCGGGUUCGUCGAGGAAGUGUGGAACUACAUCGAGAACGUCGUAGUCACAGUCAUGACCCAGCGGUGCGAGGAUCACCACCAGCUGCAGCUUUCGACGAGGCGAGCGUGCCACAACCUGAUGGCGAAGAUGAGGGACCGGUCGAUCAAUUGGGUGAUCGAAGUCCUGCAGAUGGAGGAGCUGACGGAUUACACCUGCAACCCUGACUACAUGACCGAGUGGCACAAGCUGAUGUCCGCGAGGUCCGAUUUCCUGAAAUCCGCGAGGGACGGACAUCAGAAUUCUCCCGGAAGCUGCUCGAUUCCGGAGUUCGGAACUGUUUCGGUGGAGGCAGGGGUGAGGAACUCGGCCUGUCUGGAGCAGGCGUACGAUCUGAAGAUGAGGAUCGCGACGUACUGGAAGAUCGUGCUGAGGAGGCUGGUGGAUUCAAUGGCGCUCCACGUGCAGCUGGGCAUGAGGAACCUGGUGGAGAAGGAGCUGGAGAAGGGCGUGGUGGAGGAGCUGAUGGGAAGGCACGGCGGGGCGAUUGAGAAGAUGCUGGAGGAGUCGCCUUCCGUGGCGGCGAAGAGGGAGAAGCUGAACGGGAGCAUCAGGCUGCUGAGGGAGUCUAAGGAUGUUCUGGCUACAGUCAUGGACAGGAUUGCUUCUAGUUCGCUUUGA